GACUGCUACAUUUAGCUGUUACUGAAUUGUUGGAAUUGAUAUGAUUUUCUUCACACAUUGGAUAUUAUGGACUGAAUUUCUUGGUACUGCCUCUCUUCUAUUUGAGCUGAUGUUAUUUUGGUUCAUGGUAGAAAUGUCAUCAUCAACAUCAUCAACAUCAAUGUCUUCCUCUUUUGCUAAACAUACCUCAAGUCAAGCUCUGUGCUUCUGUGAGGUCAAACCCACAUUGAAGUACUCAACUACGGCAAAAAAUCCUGGACGGGCCUUCUUAGGGUGUCCAAACUAUAACACAGAGGGAUUACCAUUCUGCAAGUAUUUCAAAUGGGCAGAUAGUAAUCAAGUAAUUGAGCUCCAAAUCCGAGAAAGAAUUGAUGAGCUGCUACGGAAGGAGAGAGAUCUCGAGAAGAUAGUCGAGCUGCUAGAAAAGAGGGAAAUUGACCUUCGCAAGAUAGUGGAUCAGCUCGAGACGGAGUUGGUGCGUCAUGCACAACGUACUCAAAGGAAGUGUUUAGUGUCACGGUUCUUGGGGAUGUAUUGGGCUGCUGCAUUAGUACUCUGUUUUCUUUUUGGACGUUGGCUUCUGUUUUGAGCCUUCCUGUUAACUUUAAGUAUUUUGAGUGAAUGGGAUUACCCGUUGUUGGCUUAUGCAAUAUUUUGG